AUGCCCGAGAAAGUUUCUGCUGAAGAGUCCACAGAAAAACAUCUACCUUGGACAGAAAAGUACCGACCGCUUAAUUUGAGUGAGGUUGUGGCGCACGAGACGAUCAUAGAUGUCAUCCGCAAAUUCGCGGCUAAUGGUCGCCUACCGCAUCUGCUAUUUCACGGACCGCCGGGCACAGGAAAGACCUCAACGGUGCUGGCACUUACCAGAGAGCUUUAUGAGUCAAAUCACUCUAACAUGGUUCUCGAACUGAAUGCUUCUGAUUCGCGGGGUAUCAAUAUUGUUAGAGAUGAGAUUCAAUCUUUUGCCUCAACUGCUCGUCCAUUCUCUUCAGCCUUCAAACUCGUGAUAAUGGAUGAAUGCGAUAGCUUGACGAAAGAUGCACAGUUUGCACUUCGCAGAAUCAUGGAAAAGUACGCACAGCACACCCGAUUUUGUUUGAUUUGCAAUUAUGCAUCUAAGAUUAUCCCGGCAAUCCAGAGUAGAUGUACCAAAUUCCGUUUUGCACCAGUUCCGGCGGAGGCGAUGUUACAACGCUUGCGACAUGUUGUUUGCAGCGAGCGAGUUCAAAUAUCUGGUGCUUCGCUACAAACUAUACAGAGGCUUGGCGAAGGUGACAUGAGGAGGUCUCUGAAUGUUUUGCAAAGUUUGCAUCUAGCUUCGACCAAAAUAACCUCGGCAACCAUUCAUGCAACGACUGGGUUACUUGACAGGUGCGAAGUGCUAGAAUUUCUCCAAGUCCUCUUUGAGAAGCCAAUGAAGUCUAUACUUAACCAUCUAUAUCGUUUGAAGCUUGAGAAGAGUUUCGCAUUGACGGACCUCAUCAAGGAAAUGUCCGAAACUCUCUUCAGCUUGCACAUGUCGGUACAGGUUAGGUCACAGUUACUGAAGGGACUCGCUGAUGUUGAACACGCGCUGAGUUUUACAAGCAGCGAAAAAAUUCAGACAUUAUCAUUGAUAUCGAUAUUCUUACACGUUCGACGUACGCUGACGACAUCGGAUAACGAAAACCAGCUCUCCAUUUAA